ACCAGGAACUUUCAGUUUCCAGAUUUUCUAUUUUUUAUUGGUUUCAUCAGCAGUGAGCAGAAAACAGCAGGAAAAGUCACACCAACAGCAAAAACCGGAACCACAAGACCAGGACAGAACUGAGAGGAACUCCAUCUGAGGACAAGAUGUCAAACAUCUCAGAAGACGAGUGGAGAGACGCCAUGACCAAGAUCUUUGAGAAGCUGGAGGAUGAUCAGUACAGUAAAAUGAAGGGACUUUUCAAUGAACUGGGAUAUGACUCACCAACCAAGAUGAUGUUUGAAAGGAAGCUGCCUGAAAAGCUCAUUCAGAACUUUGGAAUAGAGAAAUCCAUUCGCUUAGUCAACGAAGCAAUGAAUAAGAUACCAAGGAACGACCCUGGAGUCCAGGACCUGCUGCGUCCUUUUAUGGAUAAACUGAGAAGACAAGAAGAAGGUCCAGAGACGAGCAGCCAGCCAAAGACGGAUCCUGCUGGAGCAGAAGAGCCAGAGCAGAACCAAGGGGCUUCAUCUGGAUCAGCUCACAGUCCACAGAAAAUGCUACGUCCUGAUCUGAGAAAAACCAUCAGGGAUCUGAAGGCCAGUGGAGAUCUGGGUCAGAAGGUUCUGACUGUGAAGGUCGUACAGAAGUCCAACCUAUGCCAAUAUCAAAUCAAAGCCAAUGAGACCAAGUUUCGUUUCUACCUGGGAGUCGCUGAUGAGACCGAUUCCAUCAAAGUUGUGGUGUAUGGAAGAGAGCGGUUUCCAGCCAUUGAGGAGGGCCACUUCUACACCAUCAGGGAUCCCCACAUGGAUCGUCAGGAGAAAGUUUUGAAAGUUACAGAAAGGACCAGGAUAUCAGAGACCGGCUCGUUGGAAGUUCCCAGAAAUGUGGAGCUGGAAGCUGAAAACUUAUUUUCAGUCCAGUUUACAGCAUCAGAGACGUCCAGAGCUUUGGAGACAAGACGCCAGUGAGUGUUGAAGGCACCGUGAAGGAGAUCGGAGUCAUUAAACUCCUGUGGGAAGUUUAAUGACGGGUCCAUCACAGUGGACUUGUGGGGUGAAGACACCAAACACCUGAGUGGGAUAUCAAAUGGAGACGUGGUCCUGGUCAACAAUUUAAAGACCAAUCUCUAUAAUGACAGAGUUUCUUUAAACUCCACUGACUCCACCAGAAUCACCAAGGUCCAAAGUGCUCCAGUCCAGGAUGUAAACAUCACGAUCAUAGGGAUCAGUAAGUUUGACCUGAUCAGUGCUGAGCUGGAGGUUGAGAUGAACGACCAGGUGAAGAUGUUGGAGGUUUCCUCUCUCCUCCUGGCUAAAGGGGUUGGUCACUGCUUGGAGGACGACUUCAGAGCCAAACUUCUGGAGAAAGUCCCAUUUUCAGCCAAAGCACAAAUACAAGGAAACAAGAUCAAUCAGCUUAAAGCCGUAGCCUGAACCUCCUCAGGUUCUGAUUCACAUCCCCGUGUUUUCUGCUGGACUCUGUUGCUGCCAUCUAGUGGCAGGACAGAAACGCUUUCAGCUGGGAUUUUGCUUAAUUUGUUCUUGAUUGUGAAAAAUUGUCUACUUUACUUCCUCCUGCUGCAUCUUCUUACAUUUGGAUCAUUUUUACAAUUUUCUAUGCAAAUCAAUGCUGCUAUCUUUGAUCUUAUUGACCUUUUACCCUUUUCUGUGAUUUAUUGUCAAAG